AGAUGACUAAAAUAUUUUUGAUUGGUUGGAAUAUUGACAUAUCGUCUGAUAUUUUAUUUGCCCCUCCGGCCCUCACCAUUUGCUCUUAGUCUUGCUUGGCCAAUAAUGGCGUAUAAUUGCGUCUACAAAUUGAGUGCAAGCUGAGAGAGUAAUAAUUGAGUGUAUCAAAUACUCCGGCGGCUGUGUAUCUUCUUCUUCACUGGUCUCCGUGAACACAUUUCCCAUAUUUUUUGGAAGGAGAAAAUCAUAACCAUGGCCCGCCCUUCCAUCAUCGUCUGUGUGGUUCUCGCCGUGAUCGCCUCCGCCGCCGCCGGAUCGAACACCUUCCCCGACGAUAAUCCGAUCAGGCAAGUCGUGUUGGACGGGUUACACGAGCUGGACAGCUCGAUUCUCUCGGUCAUCGGCUCCGCUCGUCACGCUCUCUCCUUUGCUCGCUUCGCUCACAGGUAUGGGAAGAGAUAUGAAAGCGCCGAGGAGAUCUAUCGGCGUUUUGGUGUGUUUAAGGAGAGUUUGAUGACGAUUAGAUCUCAUAACAAGAAAGGGCUUCCGUAUAAGCUCGGUGUCAAUGAGUUUGCUGAUAUGACAUGGGAUGAGUUCCGUACACACAAGCUGGGCGCUGCUCAAAACUGCUCUGCUACUUUAAAGGGGAAUCUCAAGAUAUCUGAAGCUAUUGUCCCAGAGACGAAAGACUGGAGGGAAGCUGGCAUAGUCAGCCCUGUCAAGAAUCAAGGCAAGUGUGGAUCAUGUUGGACAUUCAGCACCACUGGAGCUCUAGAAGCAGCUUAUGCCCAAGCAUUCGGGAAGAAUAUUUCACUCUCAGAGCAGCAGCUCGUGGACUGUGCAGGAGCUUUUAAUAACUUUGGUUGCAAUGGUGGGUUGCCAUCACAAGCGUUUGAGUAUAUUAAAUACACUGGUGGUCUCGAUACUGAGGAAGGAUAUCCUUACACUGGAAAAGACGAAGUGUGCAAAUUCUCUUCAAAAAACGUGGGCGUGCAAGUCAUUGACUCUGUUAAUAUCACAUUGGGCGUUGAAGAUGAACUAAAAUAUGCAGUUGGACUAGUUAGACCAGUUAGCAUUGCAUAUGAGGUAGUAUCUGGUUUUAAAUUAUAUGAGACUGGAGUUUACACCAGCACCGAGUGUGGUAGGAAUCCCACGGAUGUGAAUCAUGCAGUUCUCGCCGUGGGCUAUGGAGUGGAAAAUGGAAUCCCAUAUUGGCUGAUCAAGAACUCGUGGGGAGAAGACUGGGGCGAUCACGGCUACUUCAAAAUGGAGAUGGGAAAGAACAUGUGUGGCGUUGCAACUUGCGCUUCAUACCCGAUCGUUGCUUGAGUAUUACUCUUGCAAAUUAUGUGGCUCUUUUGCGGGGCGAAACUGCACAAUAUGGGUCCUCCCUCGGUAUGGAAUCCAAGGUGUUUGAACCGUUGUUUGCGUUUAAUAUAUACUUCUUCAAACUUGAGCAUGUAUGUAUAUGUGUGUGUAUAGAAGUACUCCAUAAUAAUUAUAUAAGACACUUAGGUAAUUUAGUACUCUGUAUGUUGUAAGCCUUAUUGGCAAUGCAUUCUUGUAAAUUCUCUUUGAAGUUUGAAGAGUACUCCGUAAGAAAAAUGCAAUAACAAAUUUGAAGGAUUCGU